GAACAAAGAGUCUGGGCAGCAUCUUAGGUGCUCAGGAAGCAUCACAGUUGCCAAGCCUGACUCAAAGCACUGGGCUUCACCCCUCCCAUUAUUGAGCAUAGCACUCGGCCGCCUUUUAGGUUCAACCGAAUUCCAGAAAGCAUCACCACAAUCACCAGUGUUAACUAACAACCUCUGAUCAAGCCACAGAGAUGAGUCUCCAUGGCAGAGUUGAAGAUGAUGUUUUGACAUUUUCUGUGUGAAUUUUGUGACAGAAAAAUAACCAUAAAAAAUGAAGGGCUCUUCAUAACCCUUAAUCAGUCUAGAGCGACUGGCCAGAAUGGAGAAACAGAAGAUUGCUCUAAAUUGAAAGGAGAAGCCAACUGUCCAUCAGGAUAUAAAGUCUGCGAAGAAGAUAUGUGUUGUGAUAUUGAUGAAUGCAUAGACUGUGGAGACUGUGGCAAGUUCGAGAAAGUGGAAAACUUGUGUGGAGCCCAUGCCACAUGCAAAAAUAGUUGUGGGAACUACUCCUGUGUAUGUGUAAAAGGAUUCCAGUCCAAAAGUAGCAACAUCACCGACUGUGAGGACAUUAAUGAGUGUGAGAAAAAUGCUUCCAUCUGUGGACCAAAUGGAAGUUGCAUCAACAUCAAAGGGGAUUACCAUUGUAAAUGCAAGCCAGGAUUUGCAAAGAGCGCAAAAGAUGACAAAAAGCUAUGCAGAGACAUUGAUGAGUGUGAUGAAGGCCGUUGUGAUAAAAGCGCCAACUGCUCCAACUACCCAGGGGGGUUUCGCUGUUCAUGUCUACCAGGAUAUGUCCAAUAUAUGGAUGUGGGCCCUGGGGGUGAAAACACAACAAAAUGCAAAGAAUUCAGCUGUCCCAGUCCUUCAAGUGAUGUCUGUGCAGAUGAACAGACGUUCCUCUGCAACUUUACAGCACAAUUGAGACAUCUCUGCAAUUCAUCACUGACAAUACGGGAUGCAAAGGAUGCAGAGAAUCGUAUGCAGGGUCUGCUGGAUCUGCUGGAUCUGCUGGAUGACCUAGCGACUCUGAUGAAGGCUGAGAAGCAGCGGCACCGGAUGGUCACUGAGAUGAUGGAAACUGUGGAGACCCUGCUCAGGGUUUUGGCAUUCACCUUACCCAACAAGACCAUGAGCGCCAUGAGCAAAGACACAGAGCUGACCAUAGACAUCAGGACAGCUGGGAGCCCAAGCCAGGGCCCAGCAACGCUGUCACAGAAUAAGACCCAGAUGGAGCUAAGCUGGGGAGCAGUAAGAAAAGAAGGUGACGCUUUCGGCAUGGCUGGUCUGCUGUCAUACCACAGCCUGGGGCCCUUCCUGACUGGCGCUGUUGUUGAAGGGAAAGAAUGGGAGCAAGUGGGAAAGUCCCCACAAUGUGCACAGCUGGAAGGGAAGCCCAGCUACAAAGUACUAUCCAGCGUGGCAUCUGCUUUUGUAGGCCACCAUGAGACUACAUCCUUGAGCGCCCCUGUCAGAUUCAACUUCAGCCACAAGGAACCAGACUCGAAGCCUGACCUGAAGCUGAUUUGUGCCUUCUGGAAGCCUGACAAUGGCAGCGGGCUUUGGUCUCAAGAAGGCUGCACACGUCUGAACUCCAGCACUGCCGACAGCACACACUGCCAGUGCAACCACCUGACCAGCUUUGCUGUGCUCAUGGCCUUCUAUGAUGUGGAGGACUGGGGCCUGGAUGUCAUCACCAAGAUUGGGCUGGUUAUGUCUCUGAUCUGCCUGUUCCUGUCUAUCCUCACCUUCCUGUUUUGCCGUGCCAUCCGAGGCAUCCGCACCACCAUCCACCUCCACCUUUGCCUGGCCCUCUUUGUUGGCGAUGUCAUCUUCCUAAUGGGUGUUGGGAAUCCUGGCAACCAGACAACCUGUGCUGUAGUGGCUGGGCUGCUGCAUCUCUUCUUCCUCUCUGUCUUCUGUUGGAUGCUGCUGGAAGGUGUGGAGCUGUACUUGAUGGUCGUUCAGGUCUUCAAAACUCACAGCCUCAAGCACUGGCACCUCUUCUUUGUGGGAUAUGGUCUCCCAGCCAUCGUGGUGGGCAUCUCAGCUGCCAUAAAUAGCAACGGCUAUGGCAACAAGAAAAACUGCUGGCUUGCAAUGGACAAUGGGUUCCAAUGGAGCUUCCUGGCACCUGUCACCCUCAUCAUCAUGGUCAAUGCUGCUGUCUUUGUGGUUACUGUCUGGAAGCUCUCUCAGAAGUUUGCCGAUAUCAAUCCUGAUAUGAGUAAAUUGAAAAAGCAGAGGGUACUCACAAUCACAGCCAUUGCCCAGCUCUGUAUUUUGGGUACCACCUGGGUCUUCGGCCUGUUUCAGUUCAGUAAUCACACCCUCGUGAUGUCUUAUAUCUUCACUAUCCUCAACAGCCUGCAGGGGCUCUUCAUCUUCCUCCUGCAUUGUCUGCUCAAGAAACAGGUACGUGAUGACUACUACCGCUGGUUCUGCAAGGACGUACAUGGCAAGCCCCACAGCAGUGACAAGUAUUCUGAGUUCAGCUCCACAGCCAGCUCCAACACAUUACGGACACCCAAGUCUUGGAAGGAAUCUGGAAUGUAGCAACCCCUUGCAGAAGCAAGUUUCAGGAGUGCUGUUUUUGCACAUGACAAUCACAUCCUGUUAUUCUGGCAGUCUUUCUUCUGGAAGAGUCACCCACUAAUACAGUCCUACUGCAACAAGGACCACAGAACUGCCAGACAUCUGUAGGGACCCACCAAGUAAGCUCAAGAACUGGACUAAUGCUAUUAAGCUGAUGUUGGCACAUGCCUCUUCAGUAUGGGAUGCCUUCUUCUAUGCCAAUCUUCUCCUCUCACAGAGAGGCGGAGUUAAGUCUAAAAGGGUACUUGCACACAAGACACUUUUAAAGAGGCCCUUGCAACAGACAUUGGCUCACUGUCGCUCUAGAGAGUACGCCGUUUGAUUGCCACAUGUCAGCAGUAGGUGAUCAUCAGAAAACUGAAGUGGACAUUUGCACAUUUGGUCCAUACAAAUAAUUGAAGACAGUAUGGUGGAGUGCUCUGUAUGGAAUGAUCUAUAGAACCCUGACCCCAGUGUUUUUCAGCUUAGAUUUCUUGUUGCUAGCCAGUUUGAUAGCCAGCCUUCCAAUCAGCCUCUAGCUCAUACUCUGAAGCAGGAGCAUAGAAUAUUGACUGCAGCACAAAGUGGUCCAACAACUUCAAGACAAUGGAAGGAGCCUCACUCAGGGGUAGUCACUUCCCUUGCCACUCACUUAACUGUUCUGCUUGUGCCUAUGAAAACUUAGACCAAGCUGACCUCAUUUGUCCAAGGGAUAGCAAAAAACUGAGGUCUAGUGUCAUUAAGAUGUGAGUUGGAAUAUACUGCAAGUGACAGCUCAAAUAAUUUAAUAUUCCCCAUAUAUUAACCACCACCCCAUAUAAAAUGGGAAUGUCAGGAGCAGGCCUAGAAUAUCCCUCCAAGCACUGAGUUUUCUAUAUCCAAACAUUUAUUUUAACAGAAAAAUGUUCAAGCAGGCGAGUUUUUCUCUAUAGUCUAGAUACACGUUUCCCUAGAUUUCAGGUACCUAGUAAAAUAGAUCUAGGCAAGCAGAAUAGUACUGUGGAAGUUGUGCUUGUGUCAGAUGUUUCAUUUCUUUUAUAUACCAAGGAGUGUGAUAUUCUCAGAAUUCAGGUUUAGGUGAGGAAAGGUAUCCACUUGCUAUGACAUCUCAUGGUUAUUUCCUAAUUUAAAGUAUCUGCUUCACGUAGAAGAACACAAAUAUAUGAAUGCUUUACCAGGUGUGAACGGUACCUUGAUGAAUUAGGCAUAGUCUUUCUAAAAGACUUGGAUAUGGCAAGCUGAUCCUUUUCUGGUCACCACUUUCAGACAGGCACAUGCUGAAAAACCAAUAGGCACCUCACUUUUGUGUUUUGUACAGUGGUACCUAUUCCAGAGUUGAAAAAUGUCAAACAACUCAAGUUGCUAUCUUCAGCAAGGGAAAAUCAAACACGCAGAACACUAACACAAGUAGCAUCAUGAUAGUCAUACAGGCCAAGCACCCCCCUGCUUUAAAGGUCCUCAUACUUUAUUUUCUUCUAGCUCCAUAUUCUUCAUCUUAACAAGAGCUGCAUGUUUCUAUGCUUUGGUGUGUUUUUCUUCACUGCUGUCCCUGGGAGUUCUGCACAAUGGUAGCAAGAUACAACAACACAGCAAGCAGUGUAAUCUCAAUCAGAAGAACCCAUCAGUCAAGUAGUAGAGAGGCACUUAUAUAAAGACUAAAUGAUAGCAGCACAUAUAAAGCAGCAGGAAGAAGAGAAAGAAGGCAGAUUUCUGGAAGCAGUUAUUGAAGUUAAUGGAGUCCUCCAUAUUGGCAGUUCACAUCAAAUACUGCAGCUUUACAAAGCUUCCUGUUUAGACUAAUUUAUUUAGGACUGUUUCCAGUUUUGCCAAAUUCCUACUGUUCUUGCCCAAGAGCUUGGCUAUGUAUACUGCAAUUCCAGAUGCUCUGUAUUCCUAGCAUUCUGGCACGAGGUAAUGUGCGGAUAGCCAACACACAUUAGAGUUAAGAAAUCUGAAUUCUUUUCUUUUUUAGCUUUAAAUGCUAGCUGAGGAGAAAGAAAAGAGGUUGCACAGCAAGCACUGCAUGCACCUAAACACAGAGUUUUGUAGUAUUCAAAUCCGUGCAAUGAAUUCCAAAUGCACAAAGUGACAAUUCUAGUGCUAUGUAACCCAUUCAGAACGUUCUCCGCUAUGGAAUAUUUUCACUGCAGGAGUGCCUUUAGUUAAACUUGUGUGCAGUUUAUCCAAGCGUCUUUGCACAAAUCAGCUUAUUCUUCUCUAAAUACCCACUCCCUUAUUUGAAGCAAUUAUCUCUUAACCACUUGUUUUUCCUAACAUGUACGUUGAAAUAAAAAGUAUUUUGGGAUUCUGA